AGUUCAUAUACGGCAGUCUGCUUAAGCGAUACUUUCUCUUGAAUGGUUCGUAGGUUGAAUGGUUGACUUGGAAAUCGAAAUGUUUGCUUUUACCAAAAAAUCUAUAAAGACGAGAAAGAUACAAGUGAAAUGAAGUGAUGCAAACGCACCUCAGUCACGUCGAGUAUUGAUUGAAUGGCUAAGAUCGCGAGAAGACGCAUGAUUCGAUUGACUUUGUUUAGUGAAUACCCACGCGUGAACGAAAUCAUUAAACUUUUAAAAAUAGAAUCAUUUCAUAAUUAAUUGUAGAGUAAACAAUGUAGUUUUGUUGUGAAAAUUUGAAAUGUUUUAUAAAAACUUACUCUGCCUUUUAAUUGGUUUAAUUGUUGGCAUCAGAUUAACUGAAUUUUGGAAUUACUUCAAGUUUAACGUCAGCAGCCGCACAACCGAAGCAACAAAUGACUCAGCUAGUACUACUGCAUAUAAUGGCGAACACAGUGAGGGGAGUUCAUUGGCGGCGCAUUUAUACAAUAACACUCGCGUGCUCUGUUGGAUCAUGACUACCCCGGCGAACCAUCUGAAGCGAGCACUGCAUGUGAAACAAACUUGGGGCAAGCGUUGUAAUAAACUGUUGUUUAUGAGUACUCAGGAAGAUAAAUACCUCGAUGCUAUUAAGCUGCCAGUCUUAGAGGGACGUCUUUUUCUAUGGAAUAAAACUCGUGAAGCUUUCAAAUAUAUAUAUGAACAUCACUUGAAUGAUGCAGAUUGGUUUCUUAAAGCUGAUGACGACACUUAUGUCAUCAUGGAAAAUUUACGUCUCUUCCUUUAUCCUUUCUCAAAAGAUUUUCCUGUUUAUUUCGGUUGCAAAUUCCACCCAUUCGUUAAACAGGGUUACAUGUCUGGCGGCGCUGGCUAUGUACUAAGCAAAGAGGCACUACGUCGAUUUGUUGAAGUGGGCUAUACGAACAGAAAGCUGUGCUCCCAUAACAAUCUCUCGGAGGAUAAGGAAAUGGGCAUUUGUUUACAAAAUAUUGGAGUAGUUGCUGGUGAUUCGAGGGAUGAAUUUGGCCAAGAGCGCUUCUUACCAUUAGCACCGAUACAUUUGCUGCCAGUCGACACCUCAGAAUGGUACACUGCAUAUUUGUUUUAUAAACAAGAUGAGAACUCAUCCUGCUGCUCUUCACGUGCUAUUUCAUUUCAUUACAUUAAACCAAAGGAAUUUUAUUCGUUGGAAUACCUUUUGUAUAAAGUGCGACCAUUUGCGGUGCAUGAUGGGACUAAUAAAUUACCUGAUAAGGCAAAUAUGACUGCAUUGUUCUAUAAGUGGAGACAUGAACUAUCGGAUAAUAUAUUUAAAAAUUAGUUUGUAGGGUAUAUUACAAUAAUAAAAACAUGUGUACAUAUCAUAUUUAUUAAAAAUGCAAGGAU